AGCGCACACUCUUUUUAUCCACGCGCCAAGGCGCGCACUUCCCACUCAGAGCCAAGUCGAGCCUUUAUCGCCAGCCCAGUACAAAAGUCACUUUCAGCUGUUCACCACUGUAUAGCCAGAGUUAUAAUGGCUGAUGACAUUAAGACUAAACUGGAGAGGUACCGCACGGCACCCUUUGACGCGCGCUUUCCCAACUCAAACCAGACCAGAAACUGCUGGCAGAAUUACCUGGACUACCACCGCUGCCAGAAAGCUCUGGAGGAGAGAGGAGUGGAUGUGGCACCGUGUGACUGGUACAAGCGGGUCUACAAGUCCCUCUGCCCCAUGUCCUGGAUUGAGAAGUGGGACGGGCAGCGAGACGAUGGAAACUUCCCUGGGAAGAUCUGAGCGGCCAAAGUCAGUUUGCCAGAGAGCAUCAUGGGAAGUCUGUUGGUGACGUGAAGACUGGCCCUUGUAUUGUACAUCUGGGUGGGGUCUUAUACGAGCCCUCGUAUCCUAGCCUAGCCUGUUCUACUCUUGUAAUUAUUUUGUUUGUGGUAUUAUGGGCUCGAGUCAUUCCUGAAUGUAAAUGAAUAUUGUUGCAGCUCUUUCUCUGCCAUUAAAUGUAUCAUAUGUUGUCUUCUGA